AUGCCUCCUAAGCAAGAUCAGCAGUCUGAGAAGAUCGUGGCCAUGGAAGGUCAGGUCGCGAGUUUGGUGGGUGCUAUCGAUGGGUUGCGAUUCGUGGCGGAGAAACACGACCGCCAAGUCGUAGAUCUGGAGAAGCACGCGGAGGAACGUCAUCAGCAGGUGAUGGAGAUGUUCAAACAACAAUCGGUGAAGGGUGCGAGUCCAGAGAAGAUCGAUCCGAAGGAGAGCCACCGUGAGUCCGAAGGAUCUGUUCCUAAGGCUCAAGGCUUGCAGAUCCGAUCAGAGAAGGGUCUCUUGUUUGUACCGGAGACGGCGACACCUCUGAGAUCGGCGGAGAACAACCCUCUAUCGUAUCAGGCGGGUUCAUCGGGGUUUUCAGCUCAACAAAAGCUGGAUUCACCUCCGAAGAAACUCGAUCUGCCAAACUUUGACGGGAAGAAUCCAGAUGACUGGAUCUUCCUAACAUGGCUAAGGAUGAUUCAAGACCGAGAGGAACCGUUAGAUUGGACGGAUUUCAAGGUGAAGUUGAGGAAGCGUUUUAAACCCACGAGAGGUGGAACGAUUCUCAGUCAGAUGCUCCGUCUGCGACAGACCGGCAACAUCUCUGAGUAUCGAGAGCAAUUUGAGGAGCUAUCAGCUGAGGUACCACAUGUACCAAAUGAUGUGUUGGAGGAGAUAUUCCUACAUGGAAUGAAGCGCAGCUUGCCAGAGCAGGUGGUGCGGUUAAGGCCUGUGGGAAUGGAUGAGAUUGUCAAUAUGGCAAAGAUCAUUGAGGAGCAGGAGAAUGAGCGCAACUCGUACCACAACCGAUCGUUUCAAAGGACCAGUUCUGCGCCUGCACUCAACUCUAACCAGCGAAGCUACAACUCUCAAUCGAGUCAGACAAAAUAUGGCGAGAACACACCAGCGAGGAAAUCAAUGGACUCUCAACGUGAUACCAAGGGUAGUGAGCAGAGGAGGACUGUUCAAAACCCUUGUCGCCAUUGUGGGGAGAGGUUCUUCGCAGGGCAUCGCUGCAAGGAAUUUCAGCGAUACAAGAAGUUGGAAUUGGAGGAAAGUGAGGAAAAAAAUGAAGAGGAGUUGAGUGAUGAUGAGAAGUCUGAAGAUCAAAAUGGUAAUCAAGAGCAAGAGCUUCACGUACUGUCGUUAAAUUCGAUGGUAGGCAUUACCUCUAAGAAGACUAUGAAGAUGAAAGGGUUGAUUGGGUACAAGGAGGUAGUGGUUCUCAUUGACUCGGGAGCGACAUGUAACUUUAUAGCGAAGAAGUUAGUAGAGGAGUUGAAGCUACCGGUGGUGGAGACUGUAGGCUUUGGUGUGGCUGUGGGUAACGGUGAGGUCAUAUCAGGCUCAGGGAAGUGUGAAGGUGUGGAAACUUGGUUCUGGGUUAUUCUGUGGUUGGCUGAGUUUGGAGAGACUCGCAUCAAUUGGGGUCUCCACAUAUUGAGAUUCCAGCAGAACAAGGAGUGGGUAUCAAUCUGCAGUGACCCUGAGUUAUUGAAGGCGCAAGUGUCUCUCAAAGCGAUGGAGAAGUUGUGUGGAAAGGAAGAUGUUGUGUACUUGUUGGAACUUCAGACAUUGUUCGAAAGUGCCACCACAGAGAAGGAGAAGAAGCCUGGCCAGAUGGUGACAACCUUGCUGAAGAAGUUCGCAGGAGUAUUCCAGAUGCCAAAUAAUUUACCCCCAAAGCGAUCAAGGGAACAUGCGAUAACUCUUCAAGAGGGGUCGUCGCCAAUCAACGUGAGGCCGUAUCGUUAUUCUCACACGCAAAAGAACGAGAUAGAGAAGCUUGUUAAGGAGAUGCUGCAGGCAGGGAUCAUUCGUCCCAGCAUCAGUCCUUUCUCGAGCCCGGUGUUGCUUGUGAAGAAGAAGGAUGGAGGGCUGCGGUUUUGUGUAGACUAUCGCGCAGUGAACAAAAGCACAAUAUCGGAUCGUUACCCAAUUCCAGUUAUAGAGGAGUUGCUAGAUGAGUUGGCUGGAGCUACCAUCUUCUCAAAACUGGAUUUGAAGUCUGGAUAUCACCAAAUAAGGGUGAGGGCUGGUGAUGUGGGGAAGACAGCCUUCAAACCCCAUGAAGGGCACUACGAGUUCUUGGUGAUGCCCUUUGGCCUCACCAAUGCUCCCGUGACUUUUCAAUCCGUAAUGAAUGAUAUAUUCAAGCCGUACCUGAGAAGGUUCGUACUGGUGUUCUUUGACGACAUCCUCGUCUACAGCAAAAACGAAGCUGAGCACAAGGAGCAUUUGAGGGUGGUGCUACAGCUUCUCAAAGACAACCAGUUUUAUGCCAACGAGAAGAAAUGCGCGUUUGGGCAGUCAGAGAUUGCGUAUUUGGGGCAUGUAAUCUCGGGACGGGGAGUUGCAGCUGACCCAGAAAAGAUUGUUGCAGUGGCCUCAACCUAGAAACAUCACAUCCUUGAGAGGGUUUCUCGGGCUCACAGGUUACUACCGAUGGUU